AUGAAAUAUCCAAAUAGUUUUUCCUUAUUAACCGCCAAUCGGUGUGGUCUUAUUCGCACAUUAGGAAAGAGGUUUUAUGUCCGCUAUUGGGGGAAAGAAUAUUAUUAUUUAGAUAUUCAAUUUUUUGACGAAAAAGAUAUUCGCACUAAUGCCGUUAGACCCCAUCCAAAGAAAAAUCUGAAACCCCGUGUUCGUCAGCAAAACCGUUUAAAAAGUAUCGCUCACCAAGUUCAGGCCGACGGACUAAGCGAAAUAAUUGGGGAACAAUCUCGGCGCCAAAUGAUAGAGGAAGAAAUAUUGCUAGAAAAAAUUGCUAACAGCCUGCCGGAAUUAAAGAAAAAAAAAUACCAGGAACUUAUGAGAAAAAGAGGAAUAAAAAGUGGUUCUGAAAAAUUAGCUGAGGAAACCACGCGAUUAGAAAGAAAAUUAGCCGCCGGAGUUAUUAACGAAGAAGAAUACCAAGAAAAAUUAGCUGACUUACAAAAAAGAAAAGACGCUUAUGAAGCAGCCAAAGAAAAAAACCAAAGAAAAGGCAAAAAAACUGAACCAGAAAAUAAGAAAAAAAGUAAAGAGGAAUUUAUUCCGUGGGAAAAGGAGGAGAUAGAAGAAAAUGAAGCCAAAACACUAGAAAAAAAAGAUUUGAAAGUAUUAGAGGAACCAAAAUUAACGGAAAAAGAUAAGAAAUUAUUAAAUAAGAGUAUGAUACAAAGGUAUAAAAUGAUUGAAUUUGCUGAAAAUGAUGUCAAUUCUGCUAUUAUUGUCGGUGAUAUUGGCCGCGGAAAAACAUUAUUAAUGAGUAUAAUUGCUCGCGGGAUUAAACACGGUGUCAAAAAAACGGGCUUUGUAAAUAAUAUUCGGGAUGCUGAGUGA